UGUGGCAAAAUGUGAGAAACUGGAAUGUUGUCUUGAAAGUUCUUAAAAUAAUGUACUUUAGAAUGGCACUAGCAAUUCCAGUGAGCUGCAGAACUACAAUUUUAACUGACAAAAGGAGCGUCGUAUUCUAGCACAGUUAGAGAUGAUUGGGAGAAUCACAGUCCAGGAAAUGGGUCGACUUCACCACUUUGGAUUGUUUCGGCAUAUUCUUAACUGUCUUCUUUUGCUGCUCAUCCAGGAGGAAAUGCUUUGUUGUCCUUCUGUUUGCCAGUACUGUACAGGCAGACAAGCUGACUGCCAUAAUUCUGGCCUUUCUUCUGUUCCAAAGAAUUUCUCCCAAAGUACUGUAUUCCUAUAUCUAAGUGGGAAUAAUAUAACUUGUAUAAAUCCUAAUGAACUGAUUGGGCUUCAUCAUCUUGCCGUUCUACACUUGGAUCAUUCUGGAAUUUUAAACGUACAUCCAAAAGCAUUUUCUGAAUGUCAGAAACUGCAGUACCUACAUAUGUAUAAGAAUCGGAUUAAGCAUUUGGAUCCUGGGACAUUUGAAGGACUUCCAAAUCUUCGUUCUUUAUACCUACAAAAUAACGAAAUUGCGUUUGUUCCUAGAGGAUUAUUUGGUGAUCUCACUUCAGUACAGUACCUAAUGCUUCAAAGCAAUCGCAUCAGCAUCCUGGGUAGCGACACUUUCCUUGGAAUGAUUAAUCUUCGGAUUCUUAACCUAGCCAACAAUAAAAUUUCACGGAUAUCAACUUCAGUGUUUCAUCACCUUGACAGCCUUACGUAUUUGUACCUUGAUGGUAACAAUUUAACGUGUGUGCCGUCAAAUGCUUUUGUAGCACUGAGCAAUCUUGUAAAACUUUCCUUGUCACAUAACCCUAUUGGAUCAAUACCUCCUUUUGCAUUUAAAGGGCUUAACAAGCUCAAAUACCUCUCCUUAAAAAGAGCCAGCAUAAACAUAAUUGAGGCAAAUGGAUUUGGGGGGUUAAAUCAUCUUAAAAUGUUAAUUUUGAGCAGUAAUAAUUUAGAGAAUGUCAAUUCCAGUACCUUUGCAUUGUUGAGUAAUUUAAUGUUUUUGCAACUUGACAGAAAUAAAAUAAUCAAUAUUGCAGUUGAUGCAUUUGCAAAAAUGGGGUCAUCUUUGAAGAUGCUGAAUCUGGCAUUUAAUAAUCUUACAGAUAUUCAGCCAGGACUGCUCCGGCCUUUGGUUUCAUUAACUCACUUACAAGCAAAGUACAAUAGUUGGAAUUGUAGUUGCAGAUUACUUGGACUAAUUACUUGGCUAGCGUCAUCUUCAGUCUCUGUAAAUAUUCAUUGCCAAUAUCCUUCCAAUUUGCAUAGAAGACAUUUGAAUUACAUUAAAAGGGGUUUGUUUCCACGCUGUUUCAACCGUUCAACUUCACCAGAAACACUCAAGAAUAUCAAACCAACAGGUAUCCAUCAGAACACCACUACUUUAUUGAUGGCAUGGAAUAAAAACUCCUCAAGCAGUACAGUUUACAAACAUUUAAAGAACAUAGACACAGAAAUAGUGACUUUAUGGACAGAAAUACCUACCACAUCUGCUAGUCAGCAUCUCCACAAAGAACGUUCGGCUGGGAAGCUCAGACUGGCAGCUACAGUGUUUUCAUUGUUAACUAUGAAGAUACCAGCACAAAUUAUACCUGUUAAUUUUACCCUGGAAGAAAACAGAUCAUUGCCUCCAGAAACUGAUUCUGAAUCAUUUAAAACCUCUCUAAUCUGUACACAGCAAGUAGAGAAACUAACUCGGGCUUUUGACAUUUUACUAACCUUUUUUAUUUUGGCUUGCGCUGUUAUUGUCUUUUUGAUCUACAAAAUGAUUCAGUUUAGACAGAAACUCAAAAUGCAAGAGAGCUCUGACAGUGGAAUAGAAUACUAUGGUUUUUAUCAGGCUGGUAGAUACCACGUAACCGAUCCACUUCAGUCUGUGCCACAGAAUCCACUGGGAAGUUCAGAACUGGACAACAUUCAGCCUCCUAAAACAACUGUAGUUGAAAGUCAAGCACAGGUCAUCUUAUUUGAACACUCAUCUUUAUAGUGUGUUCAUAAUGUAGGAUCUAUGAUGCUGCUUGUGUAAAAGCAAAGAAAGCAACUUUGUACAUUUUAUAAAUAAUAGUUCAGCUUAUAAUUAAGACUUUUUUUCAAAUAAUGCCAUUAUUUGCUGUCACUUUUAUUCACAUUUCUGUAUGAAUCUUAAGAUUUUGUUUUGAAAGCCUAUUUUGUUCUAUUUGCCAGCGGACAAUCCUUCAUUCAUAACUCUUGAAUUUCAGCGUUCAGCGUUCUACCUAUAUCAGAUGUUAAACCGUUGCCUCCAAAGAUUUCAGCCUUUUCAAAUAUUCAUUAGUAUUAAUAAUUCAAAGAAACAAUAUCAGACAACUUGCGAACGAAUAAGUAAAACUGAUUAGAGCUAGCAGCAUCAUGAAACAGAAUUACAUGUAGAAAAAAAUUGUUGUACUGAGGGAGAGAUUGUGAGCUAAUAUCAGCAUUGCAGUGCUGUUACCAGUAGAGUACAAGACUUUUGGUUCUACUCUGUCCCCUUUUCCAGUAUUUGCCAAACACCUUUGUACCCUGAUAGUCUGGAGAUAAAACCAGAAACAGCCAGUCAUGGGGAGGGGAGGAGCAGAGGCGAAAUGAGCUGUUUAAUAGACGUUUGAACCAGGCAGCCUUUAAAGGCACUUUAAUGAAGGUAGAGAUUUUUCUGUCUUCAGCCGCUGUUGUGACACACACUGGUAUAUGGAUCUCAUACAUAGCCUUUCUUGGUGAUUGCAAAACUAUUGUGGCAGGCUGAGGCCUGCCUUUUAAAGGCUCUACAGGUCCACCUGAAAGAUUACGAAACCUGUGUCUGGCUAAUACCAGAGUCUGCCUGACUCCUUAUUUCACUCUUUUUAUUAUAUUUAUGGAUGGAAAUAAAUACAUACACAUUUCAGUUGUAUAAAGUUUCUGAAACUUUCCAGUUUACUUCCCUGCUUUAAAUAAACCUUUUUCUUGUUUUGUUCAAUCUCUAGUCUCCUCCUUGGUAUUAAGUGUAGAAAAGUUUAUAAUCGGGUUUACCAAGGCAGAGAGGACAGUACCUUCGGAGCAUCAUUUACUAGCAGUGUCUAGAAGCAACUAUUGCCAAAUAUGCACUGUCAGGCUUGUAAAUGAACACUGCUUUGGCCUCUUUCACAGGUAUGCUUGGGAGUGGUAUGAGGAUGUGUGACAGUUCUCAGUUGCUUUCUACCAUCAUGAGGACAGGGGCACUAUGUGAAAUUUUCCCCACCCAAAAAAGUUUAGUGUUUGCUCCUCCCACUGUGCAUGCCUAUUAGAAUUAAUUGAAGCAUCAAAAUACUGCUGAAAAAAUGACUUACUUAGACUUAGUUCCGCCUGUGCAACUGGGCACAUUGGGCAACAAGCGUUCUCCAACUAUUUCAGUUGGCUGCGAGGAGUUCAACUUCGUCCCAUGAGAUGCGAGCCACGUUUAGGACUUUGAAGGUUGACGCUAAUGACCAUAUGUAUAUUUAGAGUUUCUUUCCAGUGUACGAACUGUGUAUUCUGUAUCACAUAUUUAGUCAUAUAUGAUGCUAAUUGAAGUAAGAAUG